AUGAAUCUACCAGAGCCAGAAUGGCCAUAUGCCGGUCAUUUUCCUCCACCGCCCAAUGAGGGGCAGGCAGAGGUCCGGCCGAGGCUAGUGGUUGUGGAGCAGGCCAAUCAGGUACUUGUCAACCAGGAGGAUUUGAUUCGAUUGAUCCAAGAGCAGACCAAUCCCUUGUUUCAGCCUAUUACCCAGCCGGUGUAUAGGAAGCUGUACCCAGAGUAUUAUGAUCAGUUGGACUUCGGGUACACCCAGAAAAUUCCACUAUUCGCUAAGUUCUCGGGAGAGGACAAUAUGUCUACUGUCGAGCACAUAGCGAGGUUUAUUGCCCAGUGUGGAACCUUAGGGGCUAACGAGAUCAUGAAACUGAGGUUGUUCCCAAAUUCCCUGACUGGUUCAGCAUUUACAUGGUAUAUUAACCUUCCAGCUGACUCGAUUCAAACUUGGCGUGAGAUGGAGGAUCAAUUCCAUGCUCAGUUUUACCGGAUUGAUCCCCUUGUCUCCAUAGCAGAUUUGGCAUGCAUGUGCCAGUUGCCUGAUGAGUCAGCUGCGAAAUUCGUUAAUAGGUUCAAGUUGGCACGAUAUAAGUGCCCAACUGUCUUGCAAGAGCCAGAGUACGCUAAGAUGGCCUUGGGUAGGCUUUCAUUUGAAUUGCGAAAGCGCUUUGUUGGUCAAGAGCUUCCAGACCUCGGUCAACUCAUUGCCCAUGCAACCAGUUAUGAGUUGGUCCUCAAGGAGGAGGAAGACCAAAAGGCCUCAUCCUCAGGAACUUAUUAUAAGCAGUCGGCCUUGGCAAUUAUGGGGGCUACAACCCCUAGUACAAGCCCAGUAAAUUUCUCGAACUUCAAGGUCGAUGAGGAAUGCGAAGUUAGCAUCGCCGAGAUAGUCUCGGGGAAGCCCUGUGUGUGCAAGGCCCUGUCUCCCAUGGUCGAGCAUACUGGGUCAAGCCCAAAGCCAAAGCCGACUCCAGCUAGGAAUCUGGACAGUAGGGCUCGAUAUUCUUACAAUAUAUCCAAGGCCGAGUCAAUUUUUGACCACCUUCUGAAGGAUAAACAGAUCAAGUUGUUGGAGGGGCAUCAAAUUCCUUCGGCCGAGGAAAUUAAAGGGAAAAGGUAUUGUAAAUGGCACAAUUCCUUUACUCAUAAUACUAAUGGUUGUAUUGUUUUGCGCAUGGCAUUGCAGCAAGCUAUUAAUGAUGGGUGCCUGAAGUUCCCUAACAAGGGGAAAGGCAUUAUGUUGGUUGACGAGAAUCCGUUCCUGCCGAUCAACAUGGUGGACGCUGACCUGUCGAAGUUGCGCUUGCUCAAGAGGAAAGAGCCAUUGGUCACGUUGAAGCAUCUCCAACACUUAUCUGAGGAAAAGAAGAAAGGAGUUGACCCAGAGGCUAUUGAGCCGCCGCCCGGCCAGUGUUUACAAUGGGGGGGUUUGUGUACAUUGCAAAAAACUGUACGAGAACAAGCCCCAGGGGGAGUCGAGUGCUCCACUAUUGGAUGA